GCAUAGUCCAGAGACGCUGUAACUUCAGGGCUCCUCCCAGAAGAGGAAGAAUAACUCAUCUCUGCCAAGGCUCCGGUUUAAUCCCCCUCACACUGGUCACCUUCUGAAGGUCACACUGAGUCUUGGACUCCUCCCUCUCAUGAAUUGUCUAAGACUGCAGGGGUUUUUUAUAUUCCUAUUUAUAGUGCAAUGAUAGGAUCAAAGGGAAUAAGUAAUUAGCAUCCCCUGAAACACACCCUGCUUCCCUUGUCCCAUGCAUGUUUACCUCUCUCUGGCGAAGUGAGAGCAGCUAUGACAUGCACGGGGCUCCAGGCAGCUUGGGGGGCUGAAUCUGGCCUUUUUGGAGGUUAAAUAGUUUCACAGGGAACUAUUGUGGAGGACUGACCCUGGAUUAAUGAAGGAGCUCAGCUGCUGAUGGCAAAAGCCUGCUGAUGGGUGUCUUCCCCUACCUGUUUCUAGGGAAGCCCACUGUCUCCUGGAAUUGGCUUGUGACUGGCAGAUGGAAAGAGCUGUCCGGGGUCCUGUAAACCGAGACAGGAAUUCACCGCUCAGCCAGCACAUUUUUAAAGUGACUCAGCUGCCAGCAGAUCCAUGCAGAGGAACCAUCCUAGUGUGGAGAGCUGGUAGGAGCCCGUAGAGGUUGUCGCUUGGAGGUAGGCCUCGCCUGUUGGUAGCUGGUGUAAUGAGGAGCAGUAAAGCUCUACAGGGUCAGGCCAGUGCCUUCUCCUCAAUAACCCACUUCUCUCGCACACACUGCAUUCCCCAUUUGUGUGUGGCUGCUACCCAGUUAUCCCUGCCGUGAGCUACAUGCCAGCAGGACCCUUCCUCUUUGGCCAGUGCUAUGCAUGUGGGUUUCCCCAAGUGGCCAUCUCAAUCCUGGGCACUGAAUGAAUGACAGUGUUACCCAGGUGGCUCCUUGUCUGCACCCUUCACCUUCCUCAUGAAGUUCGCCCUCCCCCUCGGCUCCACCAGGAUGGCCCUGUGGUCUCUCAUCUUCAUGGCCAUCCUGAAUGGCCCCUCACUGCAGAAGCCCCUGGCUGCUGAAGAUGACAGCGGGGGGCACCAUGGGAACACAGGCCUGAUCCAGUGCGGGGAGUACAGCAACCAGGUCCUGCCCAAUGGCCGGUGUAAGAUUGUUGCCACCUUGCCGCAGAUGGAUGAGCAGCGGUGCCCAGAUAUGUUCCGCUGCACGGACGAGGUCUCCUACUGGCUCCACGAGAACGAGGAGCGCAAACAGCAGAUCCUGGAGUUGCGGGAGCUGAUCUCUGAGUUGCAGGAGGAGCUGAGGAACCACCGGCAUCGCAUCAAAGUCCUUGAGCUGCAGCACGAGGAGAAGAACAGCCGGAACUCCACUGUGGAGCAGCGGGUCCAGGAGCUGGAGCAGCGUUACAAUGAGGCCAGCACGCUGCAGCACAUCCAAGCCACGCUGCUCUACGACAUGCAGGCCCAGAUCCACAACAUCUCCCUGCUGACCGAGUGGGCCCGGCACAACCCCGGCUGCCUCCUUCCUGCCGAGAUGAGGUCGCAGCAGGAGAUGCACCAUCCAGACGUGAAGCAUGCAAAGAACUGCCCAAUAGACUGUGCUUCCAUUUACUACAAUGGGAUCCGGAGGUCUGGGGUCUACAGCAUUAUGCCCUCUGUCGGUGGGAUGCCAGUAGAAGUGCUGUGUGAAAUGGACACGGAAGGUGGAGGUUGGACCGUCAUCCAGCGGCGGCAGGACGGCUCUGUCAACUUCACCCGGACGUGGAACGAGUACAAAGACGGCUUUGGGGAUUUAAACGGCGAGUUCUGGCUGGGUAAUGAGAACAUUCACAAGGUGACGAACCAAGGGGACUACUCGCUCCGCAUUGAUUUGGAAGACUGGAACAACAAGCACAAGCACGCCUUCUACCAGAUCUUCAGCAUUGAGGAUGAGGCAAACUAUUACCGCCUGCAUGUGGAUGGCUUCAGUGGGACAGUGGAGGAUUCAUUUGCCCAGUACCACAACAAAAGGAGUUUCAGCACGCCCGACACGGGGAACAUCUGUGCCGAGAUCUCCCACGGAGGUUGGUGGUAUCAUCAGUGCUUCUUCUCCAACCUCAAUGGCGUGUACUACAAGGGGGGCAGGUACUCCAUAAAAAACCGCAAGAUCCUGGGGCCAGACGGCAUUGUGUGGUACACCUGGAAAGACACUGAUUACUACUCCCUGAAGAAAGUCACCAUGAUGAUCCGUCCACGCACCUUCCGACCCCAUCUCUCCCCUUGAAGGGACCGGGGAUUUUUCUCCUCUCAGCUGAUCCCCAGCUCCAGAAAGGGAGGAAUGGGAGUGGCUUGUUAUAGCUGGAGAUGGACUGACUCCGGAGACCAUAUCAUCCUGCUUCUGCUUUUGGGGCAGGGUCAAGAGAAUGAAGACAACCAAGAAAGAAAGAAAGAAAGGCCUUCAAUGUGUGGUUAAAUGGUGAAGCCCUGUGUUACCAAGGCCAGUUUGAGUGAAAUCUUAUUAUUCAACACUCUCCUAAACUGGGCCUACCAAAGGCUGAGAACAGGCCAAAGAUGGAAGAUCGUGGUCCAAGAGGAUCCCAUUUUUUAGGGGAACUAUUUAAAUGUUUUUAAACUUUUCAUGAGAUACUGCCAUGUAGUGACUUCAGGGACCGCAGCGCUGCCCUUUGCUGGAGGAAUGCUGGACUUGUUUGCAUGCCAUAUGACAGUGCCCUUGGCUGGCUGGGGUCGCGGAGCUGCCCCUUUGGCUUCUCAGGUGCGUUGGCCCAAAUCCGGAUGCCACCUUUUGAUGGCUCUGGAUGGAUUCAGGCAUGGAUUGUUGGCUGGAGACCCCAGAUGCUCUUGGUGUGAGCUCAAGAACGAAUGAUGACCUAGGGGGAAGCUCUAGGGGGGCUCACACAAUCUACUGGCUUGGGUGUACGUUUACCUCUAGUGGGACACAAUGGCCCUACUCUGGUAUAAAGACAGAGCUCUCUGCUUGACAGAACUCUGGUAUUCCCUUAAAGAAGAAAGACUUGCAUGUGUUUGGAGCUGAAAGUCUGUCAUGCAUCCUACGACUUCCUGGGGCUGCCUCUGUAAUGCGUGGGGCCAUGCUUUCAUCUCCCCGGGGGAGAGCUGGGGCGGCUGCCUCCUGGACCCGGUUCCUGAUACUGUUUGUUUGUACACGGCUCGCAGAGAACUGUGUGUUAGCCGGGGAUGGGGGAAGUUUUGCUAGCGUCCCCUCCAGCCCGUGUUGCCCUCUGUCUGGCACGCUGACGUUCCAUAGCUGAGUUUCCUCAGGGCUGGGAUAAUUAUUGCACCACAAA